UCUUUUCUUCUUCCUUCUCUUCAUCACAAAUCUUGUACAUACAUUUUAUCGUUUAAACAACGAAUCAUAAAUCACGAUGUCAAGAACAGUGGAAGUAACAGUUUUAUCCGCAGAGAAUCUCCAAAUGAACAAAAAACCCGUAAAAGGAUACACAUUUGUGACGGUUCACUCCGACGCCGGCACCGACGCAGGUGCUGUCACGAAAGUGGAUUCAGAGGGUGGAAGCUACCCUUCGUGGAAUGACAAGGUUGUGGUGAACGUGCCGUUGCAUGCAAGGUUCAUAACGGUGGAGGUGAAGUCCAAAACGACGUCGUCGUCAUCGUUGACGGGUUCUAACAGUGUCGGCGUUGCACGAAUACCGGUUUCUGAUUUCAUUGGAGGGUACGUGCCAGAAAAUCAGCUGCAUUUCUUGAGCUACAGGUUGUGGGACGGUAAUGUUAAGAGAAAUGGGGUUAUAAAUAUUUCGGUGAGGGUGAAAGUAUCGGAACGUUCCUCAUGUAGUUCCAAUUCUAUGCCAUUUGCGGCGGUAACAGGGAUGCCGGUGGCCGGUAAUGGCUCCACCGGAGUUGUCACGGGGAUUCCAGCUCUUUGGUUAAACUACCAAAGAAAUCUCUGAAAAUGUAAAAUUGAUUUAUUUGAUAUUAGAUUGCUCCAAUUUAAUAUGCAAUUAUAUUAGAUGGAGAGAGUUUUAUAUUCAACUUGAUUGUCUCUAUGGUGUAUACAAU